AAAUUUCACCACAGGCUUCAGACUGACGGUGUGCUGCAGAUCAUUUUAGCCAUUUCGCUGACUCGUGCAUUUCCAUGGUCAGACCACAUCCUUUGAGAAAAACACAUAAAGGGCAGGGUGAUUGUCUCCAGGGGCACAAUCAUCACCAGAUCAAAGACAGAAAUAAGAGGAAAUGUUGUCUCUGAGGGGCUUCGCUGCUUUCAUCUCCUGUGUCUUCUUCUUUUCUUUCAACUCAAGUUAUGGUUCUGAGAUUAUUGAUGGGAGUGAAGUGAAGCCCCACUCGCUGCCCUACAUGGCUCUGCUGAAGUCUGAAGUGCCGAUCUGUGGAGGAAUAUUAAUCGAUCCCAAAUGGGUCCUGACGGCAGCACACUGCAAAGAUGUUAAGACUGUGCUGCUGGGGGUGCACUCUAUCAAAGAAGAGAAAAAGGAAAAACAAUUCAGGCAGGUCCGAAGUGUGUCAAAGCACAUCAUCCAUCCCUGCUAUGAUGACGAUGAAAAACUCAACGACCUCAUGUUGAUCAAGAUUAACAAGCCAGCAAAAAAAGACAAAUGGGUUCAAAGUCUUAAGUUGCAAACUGCUGUAAAAGACCCAGCAACCGGCUCCGUCUGCAUGGUGGCUGGAUGGGGAAAAACAAACAACGUUGGCAAGAUGUCUGACGUCCUGAUGUCCACCAAUGUGACAGUAAUCGACAGAGAGAAGUGCAACUCUCCAGAUUAUUACAACCUGAAGCCGUAUAUCAACAAGAACAUGCUUUGUGCCGGGUCAGAUGGUCGAAACAAUGCCGACACCUGUCAGGGGGAUUCGGGAGGACCAAUAGUGUGCAAUAACGUUCUAGUUGGAGUCACAUCAUUUGGGAACCGUUGUGGCGUAAAAAAGAAACCUGGAGUUUACUCUUUCCUGUCAGAACGGCAUCUUAACUGGAUCAAGAAGGCAAUGAAGAAACCGAAAACUGAAUAACUCAUAUCUAUAUUGUACUGUUAAAUUCUCACAUUCCCUUUUCUGUCUUCUGUAUUUAUUUAUUUUCUCUUAUUUUUGACUUUUAAAUAUUUUAUACAAAUAGAAAACACGUGCG